AUGGCCAAGGACGAGUCGGACGAUGCGCUUACGCAGAUGGUGUGGGGACCAGCAUACGCGUUCUACAGAGACUCGAAGAUGCUCGUGAGAAGAUGCGCCAAGCCAGACAAGAAUGAGUUCACCAAGAUUGCUCUUGCCACCGGUGCUGGAUUCCUUGUGAUGGGAUUCAUCGGCUUCUUCGUUAAGCUCAUGUUCAUUCCGAUCAACAAUGUCAUCGUUAGCAACUUAUAA